AUGGAUUCAUCCCAGUCAUCACAGCUUCUACUUGUACACGAGCAGAAGCAGGAUGGAGGAGUGAUCAGACUUCCCAAGCGGUGGACGGAGAAGUGUGUUGUAAGCAUUGUGGAAGGGAGAGUAGCAGUGGUCGAGUAUGCAAUCUCCCCAUGUGCUCACCUGGAAGUGCUGACAAAACUUCGGAGAGACCUGAAUCAGCAUUGCUUGAUUAAAGUCACCGGCAACGAUGAAAGCAGCCUCCAGGGCGAGAAGCGGGAGGAAGGCAAACGGCCUGGAGGCAACAAUUUUUUAUCGAGCAUUGGAAUUUGUGAACACCUGUCGUCAUCAUGGUUAAAGAUACCGACAAGAAAGGGCUUGCAGCAAACCUCCACGCCAAAACAACACACAGAUCCAAUGUUCAUAAUUACUGAAAUCCUGACAACGUGGGAUGAUGACCAACUUAUUGAGUUGACAAGCAUUUGUGAGGAUAGACUAAAGGAGGCAAUUGAAGAGGCAGUGCACAAAGUCAGUUUCGUGUUGGCCUAUGAGAAAUAUUUCAGUGAACGUGAACACGAGGAUGUCGUUAAGAUUGCAGAGAAAGAAAAUCGGGCAAAUGCUUGCAAACUCUUCCUCCGUCUGGUGAGGGGAAAAGAUUCCCAAGUCCAAAGGUUGAUAUGGAAAUCCUUUGUGAAAAUGCACCACAUCGUACCAAAACUGGGUGAAUUGCUGAAGGAGAUACAGGGGCUUGGUUCUGAUCCUGUUGAAUGCUGGAAGGCCAUGCAAGGUUUAUUGGACCUACCUUCUCACCUGCGAGACGUUCAACAGCUGCACAAGGAGACUCUACGGAAACAAACAGAAAAACUGAGAGUCAGCACCAUCCUGACGAGGGAGAAGGCUCAGGUUUUCCAGCUGACCGAUCGAUAUGCUGAGCUCACAGUGAUCUCUACUGUUCGAGAUCGGCAACUUGUGGAACAUGAACUGCUGGCAAGAGGUCGGGACCACGAGGAAUGGAGGGAGAAACAUCUCCAGGGAGUGCUGGAAAAAAUCCGGACCGAUCAGUUGUUUCAGAGCAGCUUUUCCCAGAGUAAAUUCAGAUCUCGGAGGACGGCGGCAGUGGCUGGAGUAGCAGGGAUUGGCAAAACAACAAUGGUGCAAAAAAUUGUAUAUGACUGGGCCACGGGGAAAAUAUACCAACACUUUCAAUUUGUCUUCUGUUUCAAGUUCCGAGAUUUAAACAACACAGGCUGCAAAACAAACCUGAAGAAUUUGAUUCUGGAUCAGUACCCUUACUUUGGGAGUACACUAGAAGAGGUCUGGAAGAACCCAGAAGGAUUGCUGUUUAUAUUCGAUGGUUUGGAUGAAUUCAAGUACAGAAUUGAUUUUGCUGACGGUCAACCUCAACACGAGUGCCUUGAUUCCGAAUGCUGGUGUGAUGUGUCUGACAUUUUGCGCAGUUUAAUCCAGCACAAGUUGCUCCCAGGGUGUUCAGUACUAAUGACCACCCGCCCCACUGCGUUACAUUUAUUGGAAGAGGCAGAGAUCAGUGUCAGGGCUGAAAUCCUGGGGUUUGUUGGUGAGGAAAGGAAAAAAUAUUUCAGCAUGUUUUUUGAAGAUCAGGCAGUGGCAUCAGCUCUUAUUAAGCAUUUGGAGGAGAACGACAUCCUGUACACCAUGAGCUACAACCCUUCUUACUGCUGGAUCCUUGGUUUGACACUGGGCCCCUUUUUCAAACAAGAAGACAGGAACCCACAGCAAGUUCCCAAGACAAUCACCCAACUAUAUUCCUAUCAUAUUUACAACAUCCUGAAAAAUCACAGCCUUGACAUUGAAAGACCCUGUGACAUGUUACUGAAGGUUGGCAAGAUGGCCUUCGCAGGAGUGACUGAGAAGAAGAUCGUGUUUACAGAAGAGGAUUUGAUCAAGUACGAUCUGAAGUCAUCCCAGUUGCUGUCCGGGUUCCUGGUGGAACUUUUGGAGAGAGACAAUUGUGCCAGGAGCGUGGUGUACACUUUCCCACACCUCACCAUCCAAGAGUUUGUAGCUGCACUCGCACAAUUCCUGAUUCCAGAUUGCAAGGAUAUCCUGAAAUUUCUCUCUGAAGCCCACAGUGCAACUGAUGGGCGAUUUGAAGUGUUUCUCCGUUUUGUUGCUGGUCUGUCCUCUUCAUUGUUAACUCAGGGCCUGAAGGAGUUUCUGGAUCCAGUUCCUCAUAAAAGAAUUUGCCGAGUGAUUGACUGGGUGGAAGAGGAGAUUAAACGUCAGAUUAAGAAUGGAAACAAAAGGAGCCUCCUGAACACAUUGCAUUACCUAUUUGAGUCUCAGAAUACUGGACUGGCUCGGGAUGCACUGGAAUCUGUGCAAACACUUUCAUUCUGUGGCUUGCGACUGACCCCAAUUGAUUGCGUGGUCCUGUCCCGUGUCAUUGGAUUCUGUAACACAAUAAAGCAUCUCAAUCUGCGGGGCUGCUACAUUCAGCAUGAAGGACUCCAGCGGCUGGCACCUGGUCUGCACAAAUGUCAGGAGUUACGGCUGGGAGAUAAUGAACUGGGAGAUUCGGGAAUAGAAUUGGUAUCUGCUGCUCUGAAGAAUGCAGAAUGUAAAAUACAGAAGCUAGAGUUGGACAAGACUGGUCUCACAGCCGCUUGUGCUGCUGGCUUGGCUUCUGCUCUCAAUACAACGCGCACACUGACAGAGCUUGACCUGGGUAUUAAUAAACUGGAAGAUUUAGGAGUUCAACUUCUGACUGCAAUUCUGAGUAACCCGGAAUGUAACAUACGGAAACUGCGACUGUGGGAUGUCGGUCUCACAGCUACUGGUGCCAGUGAUCUCGCCUCUGCUCUAUCGACAAACCACUCCCUGACAGAGCUGGAACUUGGUGAUAAUGACCUGGGAGAUUCAGGAGUGGAUAAAGUAUCUGAAGCUCUGAGGAACCCCAACUGUAAGAUACAGAUAUUGAAGCUGUGGAAUACCGGUCUCACAGAUGAUUGUGCAGAGAAUCUUGUCUCUGUGCUCAGUAGCAUCCAGUCACUGAAUACUCUAGACGUGGAAUCAAACUCCUUCACAGACCAAUCUGUCCCUGCUUUCUGCUGCCUCAUACGGACCCUCAAGAAUCUGGAAUGGAUUGGGCUUGGACGAAAUAGAUUUGGUUCUGACGGAGAGAAGGAGCUGAAGUCACUGCAGCAAUCCAGGCACAGAUUGAUUGUGUCAGUAUGAACAUCUGAAUGUAAAAGCAUCACUGCCCUCUGGAUGCUAAUAUUUUUGGCUGAUCACGUAUCUGCCCUCUUUACAGCAGUAUUCUGAGUUUAAACAAUGGCAGGCAUUAAAUCUCUAAUUACCAUCCUGUACUUUAAUGCAAUUUUUAAAGUUAGUUCAUUCCUGGGAAGAUCUGUGGUUUGAUAUAGCAGAGUGCGACUGAGAGAGUGCUUUCAUAUAGUCUGCUACAUCAGAGUGCUGAGCUUUGGGAAUGUGGACAUGGUGUCAUUGUGUAAUCAUCAGCUCUGCAGUUCUCGGUAAGGCACGGAACAGAGCAUAAAAUAUAAAAAGCGCCCUCCUUUCUUGUGAUGGACGAAUAUUUUUUCUGACAGGUUUAUUACAACUAUUACUUACCAUGCCAUGUUUAAUUUCCACUGAGUGUGCUUAAUGACAAGGAUGCUGAUGAACAGGUUGAAAAAGGAAUAAAAGUUGAAACUGCUGGAAAAGUGCAACAUGUUGGUAGCAUUAUUCAGAAACACGAGAUUCU